AUAAAUCUGGAAAAAAUCACACACAUACACAAACACAAACAUAAUUAUAAUCAAACAACCAACAAAUCAAAAUUGUUAUUUAUAAAAAAAAUCUUUAAUCUUUAUAUAUUCCUUAUUGUAUUGCGUUCAUUCAGAUUGUUAGGAACGGUUAGUUCUGAUUCCAUUCGUUGUACAAAUUUUAUUAAUUCUAACGAAAGUGAUUUACGUAUAUCUUCGGUUGAUAACACCUGUACAGAUUCAUUAGUAACAGCGCUUGACGAUGAAGCUCUGUUAAUAUGUGAUGCAACAAACGAAAUGGCAAGAACAAAGGUUCAUUUUGACGACGUUUCGUUGUAUGGUACUCCGAAGGAGGAACUAUUACCGAACAUACAAACGAUAAGCGAAAAAAUGUCGUCAAACUUUUUGAAAAACCAGCUACAAUCAUGGUUUCAGCCAACCGACAAUCGAUUGGCGAUGAAAUUAUUUGGCAGCAAAAAGGCAUUAGUCAAAGAACGAAUACGCCAGAAAACUGCCGGUCAUUGGGUCAUUCAUCCAUGCAGUUCAUUCAGGUAAAAGAUGUAAAAUAAA